AUGGUUACAAAUGGUAAUCCAUUGGCUUACUUCCAAGCUCCACCACCUCCACCCCCAGCCUACUUCCAAACGCCACCUCCACAGCCCGCCACACUUCAUCUUAUCCAGCAACACCACAUGUUGCAACAGCAGUUGAUCCAAGCGCAGCAACAGAACCAAAUACUUCAGAUGCAUCUGCAUCAGCAGGCGGCCCAGAACUUUAUGGCACUCAGCCAGCAGUCGCCUCUGCUGACGGGCCGUGGCGGCUCGCCCUCCGUCCAGAGUUCAAACUCGCCGGUGGUGCUCAGCGGCUCACCGAUCAUUGCCAACUCACCCAGUCUCAAGGCCAAGCCAUCGUUCACAUACUCGCCCUACCAACCAUCGCCACCUAUCACACCCAGAACCAUCGUAUCCACUCCAACAUCCACAUCCACAUCGACUCCAACUACAUCCCAAGCCAGUCCAAGUAAGCCAGCAAAUGUAAUACCACCACUUCAGUUGUCUCCAGCCAUCACAAUCGCCGCAUCCCAAGGCCUGUCACCACCAAACUCUGCCAAGAUCACACCUGUCCUCUCUCCAAAUGGCGUCGCCAACACAAGUAGCAUGGCUGUGAGAAGCCCCCGCUCCUCAAACUUUGGCGACUCGUCGUCGCCCCCCGUCAGCCCACACUCAGACUCCAAGUUCAGCCUUGGCACCAAGAGCAACAACAGCAGCAACAGUGACAAGGAGAAGGAGAAGAAGAGGAGGACCCGCUUAAAGAAGGAGCAGGCAUCCAUGCUAAAGUCCUUCUUUGACAAGGACAACUACCCCAACAAGGAGGAGAAGGAGAAACUGGCCGGCCUGCUGGGGAUGAACUACACUGCGGUCACCACAUGGUUUUCCAACAAGCGACAAGAGAAGAGAAGAAAGGGCACGGAUGGCCGACGCCUAAGUGUCUCGGACGAGUCUGGACUGCGCAACAAGUCUGGUGAGCACACUGAUGAGGACCUGUUCAUAGAUGAGCCUGACUAUGAUGAAGACGAUGACUCCAACUCCCCACCACACUCGGCCACCCCAUCGCGAAGCUCCACACCAGCAGGCCACAGCUCACUCACACCUCUGAUAUCGGGUAUUGGUUUCCAUAACAAACAACCAAUGCUGAUGGAGGCCAUCUCACUGAGCCAAGGUGGUUCAUCAUCACCAUUGUUGCUGUCUCGCAGUGGUGGCGCCACGCCACCUCCCAACAGCCUGUCCAUUCUGUCACAGGUCGCUCAUGAUGGAGCACAUUCCUCGCCCAGGUCACCAUUGUCGCCACUCUCCAAUCUUGCACAUCAGAGUUCAUCAUCGCCAGUGUCAUCGCCACGUGGACAUCAUCACUACCAUGUCGAGCCCAAGAAGAAUCCAUUGCUGCUCCAACUCAAGGCAGCUGCUCACCCACAUGCCACCGACUCUGAUGAGGACUCUGGGUCAUCAAAGGAGGUGUCCAAGUACAUGUCUUCUCAUCAGAACUCUGAUUCCGAUAAUGAUGAGUCUAAUCAAACUUCAAAGAAGUCCAAAUCAUCAUCUUCGUCGUCCAAGAAAUCAAAGAGAGGAUCCAGACAUCAAAAGAAGUCUUCAUUAACUGGCUUGAUCACCUCAUCCAAGACCAGCUCCAGUUCCAGUCCAAGUCUUGUUGGAAAGAGGAAGCUAUCCAUUCAUUCCGAGGAUGAAGGUCUGGCCCAAACACUCAACAACAUCAACAAACCAAUUGUAUCUGCAUAG